UUCAGAUGGUGGUGGCCAAUUGGUGACUGAAGUGGUAGAUUGUUGAUUAUCCUGCUGAGCUACAACCUGCUCUGAUUGAGUUUGAUCUUCACCAAGAGCCUUGAUUUCCUGAAGUUUGUUUAUGGCUUCCGCUGGGGGGAUGAUUAUCACGGAGUUAGCUUGAUUCUUGAUUGUUGA